AGUCAAAUGAAUCAAGUUGUUGGGAUUAGGAUUUAACAAAUACGUCGUUCUAAAUUUCUAAAACUGCAUACAAAAAUUCCUUAAAAAAGCUAGUGAAGUUUACUAAAGUGCAAUAGAUACAAAAACAAUAUUUUUACGUAUUCACCAUAAUAAUAUAAACGUAGAAAAUGAAUCCUGAGUAUGACUAUUUAUUCAAACUUCUGCUGAUUGGAGAUUCAGGAGUAGGAAAAUCUUGCCUUCUACUGAGAUUUGCAGAUGACACCUAUACAGAAAGCUAUAUUAGUACCAUUGGAGUAGACUUUAAAAUCAGGACAAUCGAUUUAGAUGGAAAGACAAUUAAAUUGCAAAUUUGGGAUACAGCAGGUCAGGAGAGAUUUAGAACGAUCACUUCAAGUUAUUACAGGGGGGCACAUGGUAUUAUUGUAGUGUACGAUUGCACAGACCAAGAUUCAUUCAAUAACGUUAAACAAUGGCUUGAAGAAAUCGACCGUUACGCAUGUGACAAUGUAAACAAAUUACUGGUAGGAAAUAAAAGCGAUUUGACAACUAAAAAAGUUGUCGACUUCACUACAGCCAAGGAAUAUGCCGACCAAUUGGGAAUUCCAUUUUUGGAAACCUCAGCUAAGAAUGCAACCAAUGUAGAACAGGCCUUUAUGACUAUGGCUGCUGAAAUUAAAAAUAGAGUAGGACCACCAUCUUCGGCAGUAGACCAAGGAAAUAAGGUUAGGUUCGAUCAAAGUCGCCCAGUCGAAACAACCAAAUCUGGUUGCUGCUGAAAACAUUUCGUUCUCUUUGGUUGAAGGUGGUCACUCACGUCAUCUCUUUUGUACAGUAGCAGAGCUACCGUUACUCUUAUUAUAGUAAUAUCCGUCUGUAUGUAUAGUUAUUUUAAAGUUUUUGAAUUGAGUUUCACCUUAGAUUUUUUUUUUUCAAAAAUAUAGAAAACACCAAUAUCUCUUAGCCUAAUCUUAACUUCUCUAGAUAAAUAUGUAAUUAACAAAACUAUUUAUAAAACCAUUUUUACUAAACUAUCGGAUAAUUAAGAACGAGAAAGGUAUACUUUAUCGACUGUUAAUUUUGUAUUGUUUUUAGUGUACCUUUCUCGGUUUUAAAAAUCUCGAUCAUGAUAGAUUGACGUUAAAAAUUAUUGUUUACUUUUAAUACGUGUAAUAUACAAAUUUUAGC